CAAAACAGAGCAUUUAAGCCACGAACAGAGAGGUUUCUCAUCUCUCUCUCGUAUCAUUAUGAAUAGCUGGUGCCAAUGUGCACGAUUGUCGGCGUAUCCUCUUGAUACAGGGAUUCACGGCCCGCGACAUCUACCGGAAAUCGUAUUCAGUUCAGUAGCGUCCAGGACUUGGUCUAAAUGUGGUGGAAAUCUGAGAAUUAGCAUGAGAGACAGGAGCAAAAAUCGAAAACCCUUGCAGAAGGGGAGAAACCUCAGUAUUGAAGCUAUUCAAGCUGUUCAGGCACUGAAGCGGGUGGCUAGCAAAAACGAUGACUCCGCGGUGGAACAGGUGUUUAAUAGUAAGGUCAGGCGUUUGAUUAAGAAUGAUAUGAUAGCCGUUCUUCGUGAACUUCUCCGCCAGAAUCAAUGCCUCUUAGCUCUUAAGGUUUUCGAGGAAGUUCAGAAGGAGAUAUCCUAUAGGCCGCAGCUCAAACUGUAUGCUGAAAUUGUGUCCUGUUUGGGAAGCAACGGAUUGCUUGAAGAUAUCAGCUGUCUUAUCAUGGCAUUGAAAAUGGAAAGUAGUUUAGAACCUCACGUUGAGGGCUUUUAUGCAUUGUUGGAAAGCUUAAUGAAAUUUAAUCUUAUGAGGCUUGCACUGGAAGUCUUUUACUUGAUGAAGUUGAGAGGAUGUGAUCCUGAUAAGUUGACCUUUAAACUAUUGAUAAAUGGUUUGGAAUCGAAUGAAGAAACAAAUCUUUCAGCUUUUGUAAGGAUGGAAGCAGAAAAGUAUUAUGGCCAGUCCCUAGAUUUCCUAGAUGAGACUGAAGAGGAGGUACCAAGAUUAAAGCCAAUGUAUUAAACUAUUUGAUCAGUGGUUAAUAUAUGAUGAAAAGGCUAUUUGA